GAGUAAGACUUAAUGAUCGGAGCGCCUUCUAGAGGAGCCAAGCGGGGCCGAUUUAGCCUUGCUUACGGUGAGUCUCUCGGACAUCUCAGGCGUUUUAAUUAUCUAUGCCUCCCAUUUCCACCACCACCCCGUCUCACUCCAUCACAGCGUCAGGAAAAAUGCAAUAGCACUAUAUCAACCCGACAUUGUUCAGCCAGAGCCGCUAUGUCAAAAGCGACACAUCGUCUCUCCGUUCAAGACCUGGAGAAGCAUGCACCAAGACAGCGACCUGAUUUUAUUUCGGUCAUGUCAAGGUUGGGCUAUCAUCUCCUCCCGAGUUUCCUUCAGAAGUCACCAAAGGCUCGCCCAAAGCAUGGUGGUAUAGCUGCCCUCGAUGGGCUCAGAGGACUUGCCUGCCUCUUCGUCUUCAACGAGCAUUAUGUCAUUUGCUACCAGUCCAAAAACAGUCAGCAUUGGAUCAACCGAGUCCCAUUCAUACGUCUAUGGUGGUAUGGCAAAGGAGCUGUCUUCCUAUUUUUCGUCAUCUCUGGCUAUGUUCUGAGUUACAAACCGCUCAAGCAAAUUCGAUCAAGACAGUAUGAGGAGCUUCAGAACACCAUGGCAUCAGCGACUAUACGACGCGCAUUUCGACUGUACCUGCCGUGUCUAGCUAUGAGCGCUGUAGCCUGCGUCCUCACAAGCCUGGGAGGAUUUGAUUCAGCGACGGAGAUCUACAAGGAAUACGCCGACUAUCUCUUUCUCAAAGAGCCUCCUCCACCACAUGAACCAACUCUUGCGCGUCAAUGGGCUUUAUGGUGGACCAAUUACAGGUUCAUUAUUUGCGCGACUUUCCCUUUCAAUAUCGAGCUGUCUGAAUGGUGGUACUUCAAGUACGACGAUCAUCAAUGGUCAAUACCGGUCGAAUAUCGCUGUAGUAUUGCCCUCUUCAUGGUUCUCAUUGGAACAUCACGCAUGAAAACUAUCUGGCGUAUGCUUACGGUCUUUAUCAUCAACAGCUAUCUGUACAACUCAGACCGUGGGCAUGCCGCUUUGUUUUUUGGUGGCAUGUUUAUCGCAGAACUCGAUCUACUUCGACAGUCUUACACUUCUUCCACCAACCACAUCAACUCGAAGACCCCUCCCUCGUACCUAAAACCUCUCUUACAACUUUCUGAACGUACUUACGAGUGGUUCUGGUUCAUCGUCUUCGUGCUGGGUUACUUUAUGAUUUCCUCACCUAUCGAAAAUCAGUGGGAGAAAGGAAACUGGCUCCCCCAUGCUCUCGAGAGCUGGGUAGCACAUCCCGAUGAAUUUAUCCUUUCCUACGGCUCGAUACUCACUGUUUGGGGUGUCGCCAACUCGAAAGCCCUGGGAAAAGUCUUUCUACAUCCUGCCGUCCUGUAUCUUGGCUACAUAUCGUAUGCUCUUUACCUUGUUCAUGGAACAGUGAUCAAAUCACUUGGUUACCUCUGGAUGCCAUAUACACUACGGAUCGCAACAUUCACACCACCAAGCGUGGCUUUGAGUAAAGAGUGGUGGGACGGUGUCACUAAUACUCAAGCUACGGUAGCACACAUCUUGGGGUAUGUUGUAGUUGGAUCGGUUGUUUUUUGGGGGUCAGACUUGUUUUGGAGAUAUGUUGAUGUUCCCGUCGUAUCUUUUGCGAGAUGGGUUGAGCGUAAAUUAAGUGUAGCGGACUCAUCAUAAAGCGCAAGUACAUAGUAGUCUAAUUUAUUUCUACUUGCU